AUGACUCAAGAACUUGAUUAUUACUGGUCACUGGGUGAGGAUUCUGGUAAUGGAGCGGAAUCAUGCAUGAUCUACAAGGUCCAACAUCACAUACGUGAUGUUGAGAGGUUCUCAUACGAACCAUGCAUGAUAUCAAUUGGUCCAUAUCACCAUGGAGCUGCAAGUUUGCAAGUCAUGGAAAAAGAAAAAUGGGGCUAUCUGGAUAAUGUACUCAAAAUGAACUGUGAAUGGAACCUGUUGGAUUACCUUACAGCAAUUGGGGAGUUAGCAAAACAAGCAAGAAAAUGUUAUUCGGAAGACAUCAAAAUGAGUAGUGAAACCUUUCUUCAGAUGCUUCUGCUAGAUGGAUGCUUUAUUUUGGUGGCUCUUGGGGGCUUAAGAGAAAUAAUGUUUGAUGGAACCCAAUCGAGUGGCAUAGAGAGUGCGAAGAAUGACGAAAUAACGCCAAAACAUAAGGCACAAUGCCAAGAAGGUGACCAGGUUGGUGGAACUAAUGGGGUCGAAGAUGACAAACAUUACGAUAUGGGUUAUUGGUUUAUUAGAUUCAUUAAUCAUGAUCUAUUCCUGCUAGAAAAUCAAAUCCCAUUUUUUAUCAUAAGAAAGAUUUUUGAGCUGGCUGCAGGAAACCAUGCUUCAACAUUAUGUUUUACAGAUGAGCUUGCAAAGUAUGUUGAAUCUGGUUUGCGCUGGUUUCCAAAAGCAAUUAUGGAAUCUAACAGGCCAAAAGAUUUUCACCAUUUGCUUCACUUGUGUCACAUUUACUUCAGACCUAGCAAAAAUCCAGAAGAAGAGCAUAGCAAUCAGUUUGGAAGUGGAGAUGAUCACAGUUUUCUCUGUUUUGGACGCAAGUAUUUCAGGAUGAGAUAUCACCCAGAAGAAAAUGGACAAGAUUCAUCAUACCAACAUAAAAUUGAUGUCCAUCAGUCUGGGGAACAACUUAAUCGUUGGCGGCGGGUGGCACAGUAUCUUGAAGCUGGUAUCAAAUUUAAGAAACGAGAAUAUGAUAAACAUGAUCCCCAUUCUCUACUGGACAUUCAGUUUAGCAAUGGUGCUAUAGGGAUUCCUUGUAUCAUAGUUGAUGACUACACAGGGACUCUUUUCAGAAACCUUAUUGCCUUUGAGCAAACAUGUCCUCAGUUUGGAGAUGACUUUACUGCUUAUAUUGUGUUCUUGUCUCAGCUUAUAAGCAUGCCUGAAGAUGUGACGCUCCUUGCUCAAAGAGAAGUAAUAGUGCAUCACCUUGAUAGCGAUGAACGGGUGUCUGAUCUAUUCACCAUGCUCAGCAAAGAUGUGGUAUUCGAUUUCAAUGGUAACUACUACUUGAAAUCUCUGUGCCAAACUAUGGAAGCUCACUAUCAGAGUCGCAUCAACCGGUGGAUGGCAUGGCUGUGGAUGAAUCACUUUAGCAACCCAUGGUUGGCUGUGGGUGCAUUUGCGACGGUCCUUGUCCUCAUCUGCACAAUUGUACAAACUGUUUAUGGUAUUCUGGCGUAUGUAAAUCCACCAACGUAG